GAAGUCACACCCUCUCUACACUAAAACCCUGAACCCUAUUCAGGAGCAGAGCGCAGCUCAAGAACAAAUAAAGCCAGAAGAUGAGACCACCACGUGGCGGCGGGAGCUUCAGAGGUAGGGGAGGAAGAGAUGGCGGAGGACGCUUUGGUGGUGGUGGUGGACGUUUUGGUGGCGGCGGCGGACGAGGAGGAGGCGGUCGUUUUGGUGGUGGUCGUGGUGGUGGAUGGCGUGACGAAGGACCUCCCAGCGAAGUCGUUGAAGUUGCAACCUUUCUGCAUGGUUGUGAGGGUGAUGCUGUGACCAAGCUCUGUCAAGAGAAGAUCCCUCACUUUAAUGCUCCAAUCUACUUGGAGAACAAGACCCAGAUUGGGAAAGUUGAUGAGAUCUUUGGUCCUAUUAAUGAAUCUAUGUUUUCUGUUAAGAUGAUGGAAGGUAUUGUAGCUACCUCAUAUUCUGAAGGGGAUAAGUUUUACAUCGACCCUCUUAAGUUAAUGCCUCUAGCAAGGUUCCUUCCACAACCAAAGGGACAAUCUAUGGGAGGUCGUGGGAGAGGCAGAGGUGCUCCUAGGGGCCGUGGUGGAUUCUCUUCCAGAGGUGCUCCGAGAGGCCGUGGUGGAUUCUCCUCAAGAGGUGCUCCCAGAGGCCGUGGUGGAUUCUCCUCCAGAGGUGGCCGAGGGAGAGGAGGAUACUAAUAAAUCUAUUUUAGCCUUUUGGCUUGUAAUAUUUGCUUUUAAUCUUGGAUAAUGAAAACUGCUUUUAAGAAGAAACCAUGACAAUGAGGUGAUUGUUUUUCCAGAUUCUAGUUUUUUGUUACUAUGUUUUAUCAAGUGAGUAAGAUGUUUGAUCAGUUA